AUUGAGACUCAAUUUGAAAUUCCCUGGUAGCCAAUACACGUGGCAAAGUGGGUCGCAGGCAACGCCACGAUGUCCGCAGUGCCAGUUACAUGAACAAGACAUGCAAGCACAUUUGGCUUUCUGGGAAAGAUGAGUAAUUUGGAGAGUCGGUCUUUACUCGACGAGUUUCGUGGCUUUGACAAGGGUGGCUUCUUCGACCUCGGCCACCCUCUCCUCAAUCGUAUUGCUGAGAGCUUCCUCAAAGCCGCUGGUAUAGGAGCAGUUCAGGCUGUGUCAAGAGAAGCAUAUUUUACAGCCGUUGAAGGUUCGGGACUUGAUUUAAGUAAUAUGUCAGAGUUCAGUGGUACAAAGAAGCAUAACUUUUCCAAUAUCAAAGGAGAAACCAACAGGAAAUCUAUUGAAGCGAUGGUGAAGAACAUAGGAAAAGAAUCCUUGCAGUGGGGAAUGGCUGCAGGAGUCUAUUCUGGUCUCACAUAUGGGCUAAAGGAGGCUCGUGGAGCUCAUGAUUGGAAAAACAGUGCGAUGGCAGGAGCAAUAACAGGAGCGGCAUUGGCACUUACAUCAGAAGACUCUUCCCAUGAGCAGAUUGUGCAAUGCGCCAUUACUGGAGCUGCUGUUUCCACUGCUGCAAAUCUUCUUACAGGGAUAUUUUAAGCUUCUUAAAUUGGGAACAAUAAUGUCACCUUUGUUGCCUUCCUUUCAUAUAUCUUCAUUUUUCAAGUAAAUGACAUUAUGCUAGUUUGAUAAGAAGAGUUUCUUUCUGGGAUUUUCGUCUUUAGAUAAUUGUCUGUAAUCAGCAGCAUCGUCUUACGAAACAUGAAGGUUUUGACCCUUUCAUGGCCUUACCAGAUGCUUUAUCAUUCAAGCACAAUUGGUUUCAUUUGGAUGCUUCAA